AUGAAAAUUCUCAGUUGUUUCAUGUUGAUUUUCUGGUUUUCUGCUUCAAAAUUGGGGGUGGCUGCUCUGAAUUCAGAUGGUACAACUCUGUUGUCCCUUGUUAGGCAUUGGACGGUUGUACCUCCAUCCGUUAAGCUCAACUGGAAUGCUUCUAAUGCCACUCCUUGUUCUUGGGUCGGGGUGCAUUGUGACCGUGAAAACUUCAUUGUUGGUUUAAAUUUGUCUAGCUUUGGGAUUUCAGGUCGAUUGGGACCCGAAAUCGCUUAUUUAAAGAGGUUGAAAACAAUUGACUUGAGCAAUAACAGUUUUUCUGGUUCACUCACACCAGCACUGGGCGAUUGUAGUCUUCUUGAGGAUAUGUAUUUGUUCGAGAACAGUUUUUCUGGUGAAAUUUCAGAAACUCUUGGAAAUUUGCAGAAUUUGCAGAACUUGGAUCUGUCUGAAAACAAUUUUUCUGGUAAAAUCCCAGAAAAUAUUGGGAAUUUGCAGACAUUGCAAUAUCUGAGCUUGUGGUCGAAUUCUCUCAUUGGCGAAAUCCCCGAGUCUUUAUUUCGAAUACCAUUCUUGAGCACAAUUUACCUCAGCAGAAACAGCCUCAGUGGUUCUAUUCCAUCGUAUAUUGGGAAUUUGAGUCAUCUCGAAUUUUUGUAUUUGGACUAUAAUCAGUUAUCUGGAGUUAUUCCUUCAUCCAUAGGUAACUGCAGUUCUUUGCAUGAUCUUUAUUUGCAUGAUAAUAAUCUGGAAGGUGCAUUGCCUCGUAGCUUUAACAAUCUCGACCGACUUGUUUCUUUAGUAGUGAAUAAUAAUAAUCUGUCGGGCGAAAUUCCAGAUUUGGGCAAUUGUUUAGAGUUACAGACCCUUGUUUUGUCGAACAACAGCUUCUCUGGAAAUAUCCCCAUUGGAUUGGGAAAUUGCAGUGGCUUAACAACGUUUGCAGCCGUUAAUUGCAGCUUAAGUGGGCCUAUUCCUUCAUCUUUAGGUCAACUUUCAAGGCUCACACUGCUUUACCUGUCUGAAAAUCGGUUAUCUGGAAAAAUCCCGCCAGAGUUGGGAAAUUGCAAGGCCUUGACUGAUUUGCAGGUGUAUGAAAACGAGCUUGAAGGUGAGAUACCGAGUGAAUUGGGUUCGCUCGGUGAUUUGCAGACACUUAUGCUUUUCACCAACCGUUUAAAUGGAGAAAUUCCCAUUGCUAUUUGGAAAAUCCAAAGUCUUCAAGAUAUAAUCGUUUACAAUAACAAUCUUGUGGGCCAGAUACCUAAAGAAAUAACCGAUCUGAAGCAGUUGAGAAAUAUUUCCUUGUUCGAUAAUCGCUUUUCUGGAGAGAUACCCCGUGAGCUAGGCAUAAAUAGUAGCCUGACUCUAAUAGAUUUUACCCGCAAUAGCUUCUCGGGCCCUAUACCUCCGAAUCUUUGCCAUGGGAAGAAAUUGGAGAAGCUUAUUUUGGGUCAAAAUCAGUUUGAAGGAAAUAUUCCUUCUGAUAUAGGGAAUUGCUUUUCUCUGAAAAGAUUGGUUCUGAGAUCGAAUAAUCUUACAGGCGUGCUUCCGGAGUUUGUACUGAAUUCGGACCUAUUGUUUAUGGAUCUUAGCAAUAAUAGUCUUAGUGGAGCAAUACCUUCAAGCUUGGCCAAUCUCACAAACAUUACCUCUGUAGACUUAUCAUUCAAUAACCUCAGUGAACAUAUUCCUUAUCAGCUCGAAAAUAUUUUGCACCUUGAGAGUUUGAAUCUAUCCCACAAUGUUCUUGAAGGUGUUUUACCGUCAGAAUUGUCCAACUGCCACAAGUUAUCGAAACUCGAUGUGGGCCACAAUCGGCUGAACGGGACCAUCCCGUCUAGCUUAAGUAGCUUGACAGAAUUAGCCAUUUUGGAUCUUAGCGAAAAUCGUUUUACGGGUGGCAUCCCUGAUUUUUUAUUUGGAUUAGGAAAGCUCUCGUUUUUGCAGCUUGGUGGAAAUCGAUUAGGUGGAACUAUCCCUCGUUCAGUAGGCUUGGAAAACGAAGCUCACAGCUUGAGGUCACUUAAUCUUAGCAGAAAUGGGUUAACGGGCCGUGUUCCGAUAGAAGUUGGGAGGUUGAAAAUGCUGGAAGAGUUGGAUAUUUGUUGCAAUAAUCUGUCGGGAACUUUGGAGGCCUUUAUUGGGCUCCGUUCGUUGACUUUGGUCAACUUCUCGUACAAUGACUUUUUCGGUCCUAUUCCAUCUCAGUUUUUGCAAUUGGUGAUUUCUUCUCCAUUUUCGUUGAUCGGAAAUCAAGAUUUAUGCAUCGAUUGUCGUGCAGGAGGCCAAACGAGCUGUCGGAAGUAUAACACCUUUAAAUCAUGUGGUAGUAUGUCAAGAAAAAGAAGUCUUAGGCAUUUUCAUAUUGCUGUGGCUAUUUUAGGAUUGGCUCUUUUAGUCGUUAUUAUCCUCUCUGUCGGAAUAUGUUGUGUGCUUUUGAGGCAAAAAGGGCGUAAACGUAAUUUUCUUCUCCCGGGUGAGGAAGAAGGGGCUUCGUCCCUUCUCAACCAAGUCUUGGAAGCCACCGAGAAUCUGAACGACAGAUACUUGAUCGGGAGUGGGGCUCACGGGAAGGUAUACAAGGUCACAUUAGCCCCCACAAAAGUCUACGCUUUGAAGAAGCUCGAAUUAGGUGGGCUCAAGGAAGGAAAGACAAACAGCAUGGCUCGAGAAAUCGAAACAAUCGGGAAAGUCAGACACCGGAAUCUGGUCAAACUCGAUGAUUUUUGGCUGAGAAAAGACCAUGGUUUGAUUCUGUAUGGUUACAUGCCGAACGGGAGUCUUCACGAUGUUCUGCACGGGGCUUGUCCUAUAAAGCCAUUGGAUUGGGGGGUGAGGUACAGGAUAGCGCUUGGGACAGCCCAUGGACUAGCGUAUCUGCAUUUCGACUGUGAUCCUGCUAUUGUGCAUCGAGAUAUUAAGCCGAUGAAUAUUUUACUUGAUUCGGAGUUCGAUCCUCAUAUUUCGGAUUUUGGCAUAGCUAAGCUUUUGGAUGCCUCGGUUGGUUCAAAUACGUGCAGCAGGAUUCAGGGCACUUUUGGUUACAUGGCUCCAGAAAAUGCAUUCUCGAUCAGAAGUACCAAGGAUACAGAUGUGUACGCUUAUGGUGUGGUCCUUUUGGAACUAAUCACCCGAAAGGAAGUAGUGGACCAAUCGUUCGGACCCGAAAUGGAUAUUGUCGGUUGGGUUAGAUCGGCUUUGGAUGAAGGUGAAGACAUUGAGUCCGUUGUGGAUUCAGAGCUCGUAGAUGAAUUUAUUACAGAUUCGAGUGUGAAAGGGCAUGUGAAAAAUGUGAUCUUGAUUGCUUUGAGGUGCACUGAGAAGGAGGCUAACAAGAGACCUAACAUGAGAGAUGUUGUGAAGCAGCUAACAGUGUUGGCUGAUAGCAGCAGUAGAAGCAAAAAUAGUACAUAA